UUCUUGUUGCAACGUUCAAGCCGUGUAGACGUCUUCGGUUUCGUUCAUCGCGUGUGCUCAACGUAUUUUUAAUUUGGUAAACUUGGCUUACACUUACAUAGACAGCGACAGUGAGAGAGCGCGCGCGCACACACUGUAGGUGAGAAAACCAGCUUAGAGCGAGUCGACAAGUGUGUCUUCCAAACAGCAUCCGCAGCUGUCGUGUGUAACAAAAAGAGUCAAAGCUACCUGUUUAUGGUGUGUUGUUUGGCGGAUGAGUAUAACGUAGAGCGCAACGUCAAAUAGCUCAGCUGCAGCUACAUCGUACAUAGUUAAAAGUUUAAUACGCUCAAGCUGAGACGCUGCCGUAUCCACAGUCGUCGUGUCUCUCUCUUUGCAAUAGCAGCCAAGUAAUAGAUUGUAGGGUGUGGUGCAAAAAUAAUUUCAAAUAAUAAGCGAACAAAUAAAUACACAAAUACAAAUAUGAGUCGAUUCCACCUCAAAAUGUUUGAUAACCUCUUACCCGCGCUUUUGCUAUUUAUAACACUCGUCGCGCAACAAGCACAGGCGCAGAGGACACCCACGAUUUCAUACAUCACACAGGAGCAGAUCAAGGACAUUGGUGGUACCGUCGAAUUCGAUUGCUCCGUCCAGUAUGCCAAAGAAUACAAUGUAAUGUUUGUCAAGACUGAUACGGACCCCGUCUUUUUGACCAUUGGCUCCACGCUUGUGAUUAAAGACUCGCGUUUUUCGCUGCGCUACGAUCCGAACUCGUCGACUUACAAACUGCAGAUUAAGGAUAUUCAGGAGACGGAUGCUGGCACCUACAGUUGUCAGGUGGUCAUCUCGACGGUGCACAAGGUGUCCGCCAAUGUGAAAUUAUCAGUGCGUCGUCCCCCCGUCAUCGCCGAUAACUCGACACAAUCGAUAGUCGCCAGCGAAGGCACCGAGGUGCAAAUGGAAUGCUAUGCCAGCGGUUACCCAACUCCAACCGUCACAUGGCGUCGUGAAAACAAUGCUAUUCUGCCAACUGAUAGCGCCACCUAUGUGGGCAACAUACUGCGCAUCAAGUCACUGAAGAAGGAGGAUCGCGGCACCUACUAUUGUGUGGCCGACAACGGUGUCAGCAAGGGCGAUCGUCGUAACAUCAACGUUGAGGUGGAAUUUGCCCCCGUUAUCACCGUGCCACGUCCUCGCCUCGGCCAAGCGUUGCAGUACGACAUGGAUCUGGAGUGCCACAUUGAGGCGUAUCCCCCGCCAGCGAUUGUGUGGACCAAGGAUGACAUUCAGCUGGCCAACAAUCAGCAUUACACCAUCUCGCAUUUCGCCACCGCCGAUGAGUACACCGAUUCGACGUUGCGUGUGAUCACCAUCGAGAAGCGUCAGUAUGGCGACUAUGUGUGCAAGGCCACCAAUCGCUUUGGCGAUGCCGAGGCGCGUGUCAAUCUCUUCGAGACAAUUGUGCCCGUCUGCCCGCCGGCCUGUGGUCAGGCGUACUAUGGCGGUGCCGAGCACAUUGCCGCCUCGGCCUCCUCGUUUGCUCUGCUUGGCAUUUUGCUUGCCCUGCUCUUUGCCAGAUAAGCCAAUUAAUGUAGCCAACCCACCAGCAACACAACCAGACUACGAUGCUCCACGCUCCUCCAUAUCUAAUCCAAAAGCAAACCCAUCAAUCAGCUCUUGAUUAUAUACAAAACAUAUACAUAUUUAUAGCGUAUAUAGAAUCACAUUACAAGUAAUAGACAUCACUCAAAACUGUAGACGAAACGUGUCGCAAUCUAACAUAUAAUUGGAAACUUUUUUCUUUAUUUGGCAGCUCUUAUAUUAAGUUCUUGUUCUACUUAUUGUUUUCCAUGUCAAUGAUACAAAACGUCCAACCUUAUAUGUUAAGUUAAGUAUGAUAAGUUCAACGAAUGGAAUCAUCUCCUCUUAUAAACUAAUCUGAUAGCACAUAAAUCGAACCAAAUCGAAUCUCCCCCAAACUCACAUUCCAAUUGGUGUCCCGUCCGUAAUAUAUGUUCUUUUUUUAUAAUCUGUAUAUUUUUAAAUAUUUUGAUAAGACAAUGACUAUAUUCUCGAGUACAUUAUGUAAUACAAUACAAAACAAAAUCAAGCCAAGUUCAACACAAGUAACGCUGUCUAAGAUCAUUCCGCUUUACAUGAUAAUUAACUGAGAAUAUUUUAUUUUUUAUUAAAUAAAUAAUAAAGUAUUUUCUUGCUGCAAUGUAAUUAAGUUGAAAUAAAUCUGUCAAUUAAUUACUGCAUUUACAAUUCGAGACAAAGAUACACAUAUACGAACGAACGAUGAAUCCAACAACAAAAUCGUUAGCUCUUAUGCAAUAUUCGAAUUAUUUACUUUUGAAUAACAAUUAAAAACCCAUUUUUUUGUGGGUGUACAUAAUAUAAUUAAAUGAUUCGACUUUGUAAUAAAAAAAAAGAAAAUACAUGUGAAAAUCCAAUAAUUUAUUCUUUUUAUUUAAACAAUUUUAUAGUUGCAGUUUUACUGCCAAUGGGAUUACUUACUUAACAACUAUUUUUUUUUAGAACCGCCUGAAGUGGCAAUGCGAUAAUACAAAUUAAAUUCUGAUUCAUAGUCCGCAAAACAGGCGCCAUUGAAUGUCCUCUUCGGCGGCACAUAUUUGUGCAAAGCAUUGUCCAUAGCAAAGUGAUAAAUACGAUUGACUUUUUGCAAUUGAAGUUGCCCUUUCACACCCAACGCCUUAAUGUUGUCGAGUAACUGGACAAUUUCAUCGUGCUGUCUGCGUGCCUUUAGCUUCAUAUUGUGCGGAUCAACUGUGGAGAAUAGACGACGGAAAUGACACGGAAGGGCCAACGACAUAGUCUCGAGUAUGAGCUUACCAAUUAAUGGCUUCAAAUUCAAUUUCAAGUCAGACGAAAGUGCGGCAAUUGCCGACGCCCACAAAAUGCGUUUGUUAACUUCCUGCAGGGCGCCAUAGGGUGUUAGCAGAUGGCCCGGUGCCAGUUGCACGGUGGAGGCCAGCUCCUGGGAUUCCACGAUAAGCGGAUUGGCCGAAAUCAAAAAUGAACUAAGGGCAGGCACAAAUAUUUUAAAUACGAGCUAUAUACAAUCAUCUAGUUGGCAAACUCACCAUGCGCUUGGAAUGCAGCUCAACUUUUCCAGUGGUAUUUCAGCAAAUGUGUUCAACUCGAUGAGAUGACAAGGUAACGACGAACCCGAGCCGAAGGCCAUGACAGCAGUUGAGUUGAAUGCACCAGGCAUCAGAGUUGUAUUGUCUAAACUCCGAAGAAGUGUAGAAUUCGCCACACUGGUAUUCGCAUCGAUAUCCAGUUUAGUGCUGGACAAGACAUUGUCAUUUGUUAGACAGAAGCUGCUCUCCAUGCUCAUUAGUGACAUGUUACCCUUUAGCUUUGAGCUGAGGAACUGCGACUUGGUAUUGUGAGUCAUGUCAUUCAGCAUGUUUUUCAUUAUGUUCUUGUUGUAAAGGAUCUUCUCUUUGAUCUGCGACAUCUGCUCCAUAUCGUGAUGAAUACGAUUAAUGGCUAUAUUACUUUCACGAUACAUUUCCCUAAUUGAGCCGAGCAG